AUGCAUUUAUUUAAUGUCACAUGUGGACAAGAUCAAGUUGUUGUGGAUUUGGAUGCAAUGAGUUGUACCUGCAAGAAGUGGGAUAUGCUAGGCAAACCAUGCAGGCAUGCAAUUGCCUGCAUCUUCUUCCUAAACAGGGAAGCAGAAGAAUUUGUGCACCAAUGUUACACCAAGGAAACAUACUUGAAAGCCUAUGCAGGCUCAAUUCCACCUUUAGUUGGUGAAAGAUAUUGGCCUAAGGUUACUAGCCCUUUGCAGCCACCACCCAUUAAAAUUGGGCCAGGAAGGCCAAGAAAGAAAAGGGUUAAGGACCCCUAUGAGAACCCAAAGAAGCCUGGUGGUUGA